AUGGAAGGCUCCGAGGAGCUGGAGAGCAGCCUCCUGGCACAGCCCUGGGCCUCUGUUCGCUUUGGCGAGUGUGCUUUCAUCGCCAAGGCUUGCUUCRGGGACACGGGCUACGUGCUGCUCAUCUCCGACCUCAGCAGCGUCUGGCACGAGCGUGCGGACACGCAGGCCGUGGCGCAGAGGUCCAAGGAGCUGAACAAGCGGCUGACGGCGCACGCGUCCUCCUUCCUGCAGCGCCUGGGCAGCCUCGUGUGCCCCUUGCUGGCGGGGCGCCCGGACGCCGCCACCGCCUUCUCUUGCCACCACGCACCUGGCAGGCUCAGCGUCCGUGUGAAGAGCGAGCUCUCCGGACUGCCCUUCUACUGGGACUUCCACUGCUCCUCUGCGCCCGUGGAGAUGGUCUCCCAGCACCUGGUGCGGCCCCUGAUGCGGAUGAGCCUGGCGCUGCACUCCCAGCUGCAGGAGCUCAUGGCCCUGCUGCUCCAGAAGGACGCCGAGAUUGACGACUACAGGGAGAGCGGGGCUGCUCUGAGCAGAGACCGACUACGGACAGAGCCCUUCCAGGAGGAGACUUUCCUGCAGAACUUCAUGGCCAAGAGCCUGCCCCACAUCUGUGCAGCGGGAGACGGGCAGGCGUUCGCCUCCAGCCUGCGGCAGCUCUACGUGGCCGUGACGCAGCACGAGGCGCAGCAGGCCCGGAAACGGCACCUUUCCGAGGAUGAUGAGACCCCAGCAGGUGAUGGAGAAACCCCGGAGCAGCCAGACCUGCCACCUCAGACCCAGGAGGAUGRAAAAGCCCCUUCCAGCGAGGCAGCCACGCCAACCUCCUCCCCAACUCAGAAGCUCCGGGUGCCUGUGGCCAAGGCCAAGCAGAAGAAGGCGAAGGGACUGUUCAGCUGAAAGGUYGCUGCCACCCGCCUGGAGCGUCCCUGCCCCUCUGGCAUCCGAGGGAGGCUGUGCAGAGCACCCACGUCCUCUGUCUUGUGCCUCCUCUCCUGCAUCUCUCCGUCCAUGGCAAUCUCCUCUCCCCAGCUGCAGCAAAGAGCUGUACCAAGGACAUGGGGUGUCUCUGCCGCUCUCCAGUUUCUCAGGGAUCUCUUUUUUGCCUCUUUCCUGCUACGGAGCUUGUCUCAUGCCCAUCCUGUCCUACGGGGGAGCCAAUGCUGGACCU